AUGUGGAUCAUUCCAUAUAUUUGUCUUUACCUUUUAUUUAACUGUAUCUCUGCAGCUUCAAUCCUCAGCACAGGUACCUGUCAGCUCCAGGGACGCUUCAAGUUGAACGGAAUGUACCAAGAUGGAGAUCUUUUACUCGGAGGCCUGUUUGAGGUUCACUUUCUUACAGUGUUCCCAGAGCUGAGCUUCAGAGCUGAGCCGGAACCACCAUACUGUGAGCAAUUUGAUAUAGCAAGCUUCCAGCAAGCACAGGCCAUGGUUUUUGCUAUUGAUGAGAUAAAUAAGAAUCCCAGUCUGCUGCCAAACAUCACUCUUGGUUACCAUCUGUAUGACAACUGUGUGACACUAGGAAUGGCGUUUCGGGCUGCCAUAGCCCUGAUUAGUGGGACUGAAGAGUCCCUCACCAACCUCAACUGCACCGGCCCACCACCAGUGAUUGGAAUUGUGGGGGACUCAAAUUCCACUCCUUCUAUUGCAAUUUCCAGUGUUCUUGGACUGUUUCGAGUACCUAUAGUUAGCUAUUAUGCCACCUGCUCCUGUUUGAGUGACAGGAAGAAGUACCCCUCCUUCUUCAGAACUAUCCCCAGUGAUGCUUUCCAGGUGCAGGCUAUGGUAAAGAUUUUGAGACAUUUUGAAUGGACCUGGGUUGGUCUCAUCUACAGUGAUGACGACUAUGGCAUCUAUGCUGCUCAGUCCUUCCAUCAGUAUGUGCAGCUCUUUGGAGGGUGUGUUGCUUUUUCUGAAAUCCUACCACUCGAUAAUGACCGGAGAGAUAUUAAACGCAUAGUGCAAGUGAUUCAGUCCUCUACAGCUAGAGUGGUGGUGGUGGUCUCCACUUCAUCCUAUCUGUUGCCAUUGAUGGAUGAGGUUGCGCAGCAGAAUGUGACGGGCAGGCAAUGGAUUGCAAGUGAAGCCUGGACCAGCAAUCCUGUAUUUCACAGUCCACGUUUCCUGCCUUUUUUGAGGGGCACACUGGGCUUCACCAUCAGGCGUGUAGAAAUGCAAGGACUUCAUGACUUUCUGCUACGUCUCCAUCCUGACAAUGACCCAAGAAACAAUAUGGUGAGAAUCUUCUGGGAGAACAUGUUCAAGUGCAGAUUUGAGACUGGAGGUAGAGAGAUAGAGGGAGAAAAAAUGUGUACAGGGCAGGAGGAUCUGAGCAGCACAGACACAGCAUAUUCUGACGUAUCAGACCUGAGGGCCUCCUAUAAUGUGUAUAAAACAGUAUAUGCCCUGGCACAUGCGCUGCAUGACUUGAUGCAGUGUGAGGAGGAGAGAGGGCCAUUCAGUGGGAACAGCUGUGCUGACAUAAAGAACCUGCAGCCCUGGCAGCUGGUUCACUACCUACAGAAAGUAAACUUCACCACAGGUUUUGGGGACCAUGUGUCAUUUGAUAAGAAUGGAGAUGCCCUGGCCAUUUAUGAUGUGGUAAACUGGCAGCCGAGCUUUGAUGGGUCGAUCAUUGUACGCACAGUUGGUGUGGUGGAUGAAGCGGCGACAGGGAAGGUGCUCACACUAGAUGAAGAUGCAUUAUAUUGGAACUUCGAGACGAGAAAACCCCCACGGUCUGUGUGUAGUGAGAGCUGUCCCCCAGGCACCAGACGAGCCAUGAGGAAGGGCCUUCCUGUCUGCUGUUUUGACUGCCUGCCAUGUGCAGAUGGAAAGAUUUCUAAUACAACAGAUGCCAUUGAGUGCACAUUAUGUCCAGAUGAGUUUUGGUCCAAUCCAGAAAAGGAUCGGUGUGUCCCCAAAGAAGUGGAAUUUCUAUCCUAUGAGGAACCUUUAGGCAUCUCCCUGACCACUGCCUCCCUGCUUGGCACCUGCUUCUGUGUUCUUGUGAUGCUCAUCUUUGCUCAUCACCGUAACACUCCCAUAGUACGUGCCAACAAUUCAGAGCUCAGUUUCCUGUUGCUGCUCUCACUCAAACUGUGUUUCCUGUGUGUGCUACUCUUCAUUGGCCGUCCACAGUUGUGGACAUGUCAGUUAAGACAUGCCAUGUUUGGCAUUAGCUUUGUCCUUUGCAUCUCCAGCAUCCUGGUAAAGACUAUGGUGGUAAUUGCCAUUUUCAAGUCAUCUCGGCCUGAGAGUAAGGGAGCCAUGAAAUGGUUUGGUGCAGCCCAACAGAGAGGUACAGUCUUGGUCCUAACUGCCCUCCAGGUGGCAAUAUGUGUAGUCUGGUUAUCAAAUGCAUCUCCCACACCCCAUAAAAACAGCCAAUAUGUAAGUUCCAAAAUAGUAUAUGAGUGUGCUAUUGGCUCAGUGGCUGGUUUUGCUGUGCUUCUGGGCUACAUUGGCUUUCUGGCAGCAGUAAGCUUCUUCUUAGCAUUCAUGGCAAGGAACCUUCCAGACAAUUUUAAUGAAGCAAAGUUUAUUACUUUUAGUAUGUUGAUCUUCUGUGCUGUGUGGAUUGCAUUUGUUCCAGCAUAUGUCAGCUCACCAGGGAAAUAUGCAGUGGCUGUGGAGAUUUUUGCCAUUUUGGCUUCCAGUUUUGGAUUACUGGUGGCUAUAUUUGCCCCAAAGUGCUACAUCAUACUUUUACAUCCAGAAAGAAACACUAAAAAAGCCAUAAUGGGAAGAGCCAUAGAAAAUAAAUAA